UGCAAGAAAAAGUUGUUGCGAAAAUAAUUGGUAGAAAGCUAUAAAAUAUUAAAAGCAAUUUAAAGUGCCAAAACGUAGAAAUUUAUUAACUAUAAUUAAAAUAAAUUAAUAUAUAGUAAGCAAUUAAAGUAUGACUUCUCGAGUACCACAACUGCGAUUAAGUGCCAGCGCGUUAAAAUGUAAACAGGGCUGUGGCUUUUAUGGAAAUUCUCAAUUCGAGGGACUUUGCUCAAAAUGCUUUCGUGAACGUAACGACAAGAAGAAAAAACAAAAUUUACUGUCGAGUUCAACAGCAUUUAGAAUCGAUCCAAAUUUACCAAAAACAAGUGAUGGAAGUGUGAAUAGCAGCCUUGUAGCUGGACGUUUAUCUCCCAAAAAUUUGCUAAAUCGCUCGCCAUCGAAAAAACAAGAUGAAGCCACCAGUAGUAGUGGAACAUCCAAUAAAAAGAAAUCAUUAGUACCCUAUAGUGCUAUUAUACAAAAAACACUACAAUCAACAACGCAAAAAACUAGAAAACACAAAAAUGAAGAACAACAGACUGUUAUUCAAGACAAACCGCAUAUACCGGACGCAACGGAGAAGCAAUUUAUUUUACAAUUCAAACAGUUACGUGUUCCCGAUGAUGGAAAACGUGUGCUCAAAGAUGAAGUACAACGAUUAGAUGGAACUAUACGUAGUUAUAUGAAUAGCAAUGCCAAUAAAAAUGUUGAGGAACUUUCCGAAUUGGUGCAAAAUGCAUAUACAAAAUUUGCUGAUACUGUGCAUAAUAAUCAGAUAUUUCAAAUAGCUACCAAUGAGGAUCGUGAAAGUGCCAUCGAUUUUUUUGAAAAGGCUGUAAUGACACAAAAUCACAAAUUUUUGUUUAGUCCUUACUUUACGACAGAUGAAGAAAAAGAUGCUGAAAUACAAAGGCGUAUACGACAAUUAAGUUGGAUCACUGCAAAACAUUUAGCUUGUAGUAUCGAUGAGGUAAACGCGGAAUCUCGUGAUUUGGUCUAUAAUGCAAAUUGGUUCAAAGCAACGCAGUAUUGCAGGUAUCAUGGCAUGCAUUUGGCUAGCAUCUCAUCGCAAGAAGAAAAUGACAGACUGGAAAAACACAUACAAGAUUUUGGUUUGGGUCAUGAGCAUUUUUGGAUAUCAGGCACUGAUUUAGCUGACGAAGGUAACUUCUUUUGGAUGGCAACAGGCCGCCCAAUUACGUUUACUAAUUGGAAUGCUGGCGAGCCAAACAAUUUCCGCUAUGAAAAUGGCGAAGAAGAAAACUGUUUGGAGUUGUGGAAUCGUGAUGGUAAAGGCCUAAAAUGGAACGACUCACCUUGCAGUUUCGAAACAUAUUUCGUUUGUGAAGUACAACCAAAUUAAAAGCAACUUUAUCUAGGCAACAAAUUAUAAAUUCGCUUAAACAAACAAACAAACAGACAAAAAACAAUAAAAAUAAAAAUAAAAGCGGUUCUUUACGCUUGUUAUGUGUGUCAAGCUUGUAAUAAAAAAAUAACAA